CAAGUGUAGCAGUACGACCAUGAGGAGCUGCUCUGCAAAGUGGGGAGCAGCUCUGUUUAGUGAAAAUAAAAAACAAAUGCGGCGCCUGUUACAAAAUACCAAUGGACAAAUAUUAUUUGUCUCUCAAAUUGUGACCAGACAUGUGGGUAGCAGCAGUGCAUCUGGCGACGCCGUGCACCGGACAAAAAAGGAGCUUCGAAAACCACACCAGCAAGCAACUAACACUAUCAGCAGAGAAGACAAAUUUGGUGCUAAAUAUUGCAUGGGCCUAGUGGAAAAAUAUGAUUAUGAGAACUAUUUGAGCACCUUGCUGCUACCAAAGGAGUUGCGCCCUUCGGCGUUUGCAUUGCGUGCUUUUAAUGUGGAGGUCUCCAGGUCCGUGGGCGCUCAGGUCACCGAGCCACAAAUAGCCAAAAUGCGCUUAAAGUUUUGGUAUGACUCUAUAGACAAGUGCUUCGAGACAGAUGCCAACAAAUCUUAUGUCAAGGAUCAGCCGGUGCUGCGUGAACUAAAACGCACCGUAGGCAGCUCCAAGCUUAAUAAGUUAUAUCUACGGCGGAUGGUUACCGCACGCGAACGACCGCCCAAUCAGGCGUUUGAGACGAUGCGCGAUCUUGAGGAUUACGCGGACCAGACCUGCGCCUCACUGCUGCAUCUGCUGGUGCAACUGAGUGGGGUUCAGGACAUGCAGGUGGAUCAUGCCGCCUCCCACCUAGGCAAGGCUCAAGGCAUAACCAUGCUGUUGCGUGCCAUACCCCAUGCUGGGCGACAGCAAGCCGUGUCCGUACCGCUCGAAGUGCUCGUCCGGCAUGGCGUCAGUCAGGAACGCAUCUUGCGGAGCGAUCGAGAGGACAAGGGCGUCGAGGAGUGUAUUUUCGAGGUGGCCAGUUUGGCCAACACACAUUUGAAAUUAACGCGCCAGUUGCUCCCACAAAUGCCACGACUUGUGCGAAAAAUCUUCCUGCCCGCCGUUGCAACUGAUGGCUACUUGGAGCGUCUGCGUCGUGCCCACUUUCUGCUAACACACCCUAGCUGCGUAAAACGGGACUCCUUGUUGCCGGCUCGCCUCUUCUGGAAGACGAUAUUUAACAAAUAUUAAGCUAAUUAGUUUACAAAAUGUUAAAAUUUGUUUAUUAUUAAAGGCAGUUACAUAAAAUUAAAUUGUUUGAAAAUGUUGCCAAACGAUUAAUAGCAAAGUGGAUAACCAACACUAGCGCUCAAGAUAUGUACAUACAUAUAUCGAUAAAUUGAUAUACAUAGAUUUCGAUGUAUAGUUGCUGGCUGUUUCUUGAAAGUAGCGCGUUGUGAUUUUUUUUUUUUUUUAGUUUUUAGUUCAAGUGAGGAGUAUCAAAAUAAAGCAUAUGAAAUGUGUCAAUUUUAAAAUUAAUGUUCUACAUUACUGUACCCAUUGUGUGUUAUAGCAAAUUUUUCCUACGGAGCCGUGCGCCAGGCGCACUUCGAAUUUUAAGCACCGUUUAGAUUAAGUGAAUCAAGCUAAUUAAAUGCAUAUAUAAAAAUAUAGUUUGUAUUAAUAUAAAUAUUUUAUGUUCAUGCUAAAUACAUUAUACAAAAAUUACCGCUCUCUAUUGCGGUGCUUCACAAAAUUAACGGAAUUGUAUUGUACCCUCUCACUCUCUCACACAUUACAAGCUUAGCUUCAAGCUAAUGGUGGGUCACAAGCAAAGCAACGAAGGAUAGACAAAUGCAUACAAAAAUAAAUACGGUUACUUUUAUACAGUGGUGUCCAAUUCCAAUAAGAACAGAGUAACCGAUAAAAAGAAA